GGGUGAAUUACGGUGACAAAGACAUCAUAUUAGCUUCAUGUCGGCCGCCACCUUGAUCAGGCACUGCUAAUCAUUAGAUUUUUCGUCAGCCAGUGUUCACACCAUUUAAUUGGACCACGAUAUGCCUAGGUGUGAAUCUAAGGCCGUUGUAUAAGAGUGGAGCUUUAGUAGAAGGAUGCAGAAUUUAGAUGAAUAUCGGCUAUCGGAAAAAACUGGGGCUAUGCUGGAAUCUCCUCUGCUGAACCUUCCAAAUACUCACGAGGCAUGGAACGCAUUGGUGCAGCGACUGCCUGAAAUGUUCAGCAAGAAAACUGUUCGUGAUGAAGUUCGAAAGCUACCAGUACUCUCACUGGAUGGCCUAAGUAGCCAUGAGGAAUUUCGUUUUGUCCACAAGAUAUUGACGUUCGCUGGUUGUGCUUAUUUAUGGCAAAAUGGUCCUGGAAACGAGCCCGACUCUUUACCAACUCAACUGGCCGUACCACUCGUCGAGUCCUCCAGACGACUUGGUUUGGCGGCGACCAUCACGCAUCAAGACGUUGUGCUGGGAAAUUGUCGCUACAUGGGAGCUAAAAACCUACCGGAAUGCAUUCAUAUUCCAACUAAUCAUGACAGUUGGAAGCCUUUCAUCGAGGCAACCGGCCUCAUUGAGAUAGCUUUUGCCCCUGCCCCUAAGCUCAUGUUGACUGCAAUCAGUUCACAAAAUUCGCUCGACUGUGAUCAAAUCAGCGACUGUCUUCUUCAACUUUCUGAUGUAGUACAAGAAAUGACAGCGUCCCUUAAAAGUUUCUACGGUUAUCUGCGACCAGAAGGGUUUUAUAUGGAUAUUCGCCCUCUUCUGUGCAGUUGGUCAGGUGGUACAAAUGGACAAGGCUUAGUAUACGAAGGUGUACCACUUACAGCAAGUAAACAAAACCAUUUGCAGUGCCCAGGAAGUGAGCCGAAAUGGCUGCGGCUGCAAACUAUCGGGGCCAGUGCAGCUCAGUCGAUAUGUCUUCAGGCGCUGGACGCUUUUCUACAAAUUGUUCAUGAUCCAGUUGAUCAACAAUUUUUUCAUUCUAACCGAGAAUGCAUGAUUGUCGAACAUCGACGAUUUCUGGAGGACCUUGCAAAAUACAGUCGGAUUGGAGAGAUAGGUAAAACCACAGAUGAUGUGAGACUGAGAAUGAAUUACGAAUCACUUACCUCUGCAAUGCGAAAAUUCCGUCUGGCUCACCUCUCUUUGGUGGACAAGUUUAUCAUGAAGCCGGCUAGUGAGCAACCAGCUAAAGUGAAGUCAUUGGAGUCCACUGGAACAGGAGGCCAAAGUUUGAAUGAGUUCCUUCAGCGUGUGCGGAACCAUACACGCUAAAAGUAAUGUUAACACUAUGGCGGAGGCUUAUUUUUCAUUCGGUUGUUUUAUGAGUUCAAAUAGAAUCUCCUUUUGAUUAUC